AUGUAUUCAGACAUAUCUGUUUAUUGUUAUAAGUCGGUUGAUGAGGUGCGAUUCCUUCCCUCUGUGGCCCUGGUGGUUUGGAUAAAUGCCACUGUGUUUGGCAAAUUAAAUGAUGGCCCCUUUUGGCGUCAUGUCACCGAACCAAGUCGCAUUUUUAGUCGUGAAAGUUGGUGGAAAAAUGUUUUUAUGAUUAAUAAUUUCUCGCAAAAGAAUACAGUUAGCUCUCAUACUUGGUAUCUUGCGGCCGAUUUUCAAUUAUUCGCCUUCUAUACAUUGGUAUUAAUAUUUAUUUCAAAAUACCCGCAAUAUAAGAAACGUGUUCUCUAUACCUUGGCAAUUUUAACUGUGGCAAUACCAACAAUUAUUGGCUAUAUUUUUAAAUUAGAAUCGGCAUUUAUUAUAAAACCAGAAAGUUAUCGUUAUCAAUUUUUCAUAGAUGCCGAUGUCUUCUAUUAUUUAUAUACACCCUCGUUUACAAAUUUGGGUGGUUAUCUCUUUGGGAUAUGGUGUGGAGAUCUGUAUCUGCGUAAAUUACGCAAAGAAGAAAUCCGACGUCAAGUACGUGGCAAUUUAAAAUAUGAAGUUGGUGCUUGGUCCGCAUUGGCAAUAGCUGCUGGUAUUUGUUAUGUGGGUUCCGUGGCUAUAUUUCAAAAACCCUCUAUAUGGACGGCACUGUACAGUGGCCUAUAUCGUAAUCUAUGGAUAAUAUUCGUGUGUGGAUUUCCUCUGUUGGGCAUGGCGUGCAAGGGAGGAAUGAUGGCCUAUGAUUUUUGCCGCCUACCCAUAUUUAGGGUCUUGGCCCGCCUUUCGUUUCAAAUGUAUUUAUGGCAUGUUAUGAUUCUGCAAUUGUUAAAUGGGUAUCAGAGGGAGCCCUACUACAUGAAUACAUGGUAUUUU